UCACCGAGCGAAGAACAAGAAACAAACCCGCACUUUGAAGGAUCUUUGUCCUCACUUGUUUCCUGAGUGAUUGAAAUUAUAAUUUACUGUGAUUAACCGUUAUUAAUCAUUCGUUUUUCAUCGAAACCCAGAGCAAAGUGUUUAAAAUGGCAUCAGGAAGCGCAUUGAUCUUUGAUGAGGAGAUGAGCGCUUAUAAACUCCUCUGGACAGAUCCAGCCUGUGAGAUCGAGGUUCCUGAGCGGUUGACCGUGUCUUAUGAAGCGCUGAAGACUCGCGGCGUGGCAGAGCGGUGCAAACAGGUGCCGGUCCGCCUGGCCACCGAGCAGGAGAUUUUACUGGCACACAGUGAGGAAUAUCUGGAGGCCGUUAAACAGACUCCCAAAAUGAGUGUGGAAGAGCUGAAGGCAUUUUCGAAGCAGUACAACGACGUCUAUUUCCAUCAGAACAUCUAUCACUGUGCUACGAUGGCCGUGGGCGCCACACUGCAGCUGGUGGACAGUGUGAUGAAGAGAGAGGUCAGGAACGGCAUGGCACUGGUCAGGCCUCCAGGACACCACAGUCAGCGCUCCGCUGCGAACGGUUUCUGUGUGUUUAAUAAUGUGGCCAUCGCUGCGCUUUAUGCCAAGAAGACCUACAACCUGAACAGGGUUUUGAUUGUAGACUGGGACGUCCACCAUGGACAGGGUGUCCAGUACUGCUUUGAGGAGGACCCAAGUGUGCUCUAUUUUUCCUGGCAUCGUUACGAGCACCAGACCUUCUGGCCCAAUCUCUCCGAGUCAGACUACACCAGCGUCGGGAAAGGCAAAGGAUCUGGUUUUAACGUGAACCUCCCCUGGAACAAGGUGGGCAUGACGAACAGCGACUAUCUGGCUGCUUUCUUCCAUGUUCUUUUACCCGUAGCGUAUGAGUUUGAUCCAGAGCUGGUUUUGGUCAGUGCUGGUUUUGAUUCAGCCAUCGGGGACCCAGAAGGUGAAAUGUGUGCUCUUCCAGAGAUCUAUGCCCACCUCACACAGCUGCUAAUGCCUUUGGCUGCAGCCAAAAUGUGCGUUGUCCUGGAGGGAGGGUAUAACCUGACUUCUCUCGCCCAAUCCGUUUGCCAAACCGCCCAGACCCUUCUGGGAGACCCGGCCCCUCAGCUGUCAGGGCUCACAGCCCCUUGUGAGAGUGCACUAGAAUCUAUCCAAAAUGUUCGCAGCGCUGAAUCAUCAUACUGGAGCUGUUUAAAACACUUAGAGGCUCAUUCAGGUACGAGCACCAAAAGGCCCAGACUGGAUGAGAAGAACAGCGAAACAAAAGAGACUGAGAAACCUGCAUCAGAGAGCGAUGCAAAGAAGACUGUUGUGUGGCCUGAACCUUUAAUCAGGACAUCUACUGAUGUGCGAACACUCGUAGCGCCCCCUCCUGGUGUGGAGGUCUCACUGCCUGAAGGCUGCCAAAAUCUGGGGGAAGAUUCCCAAAUAACCUCUAAAGAAGUACAAAGUAUCCGGGAUAAAUAUUUCCAAGACAUAACGGACCAAAACAUCCUCAAGCCUCUUGGAAAGAUCAUUUCAGUUCUUGACCAAAUGAUGAAUAGAAAGGUGCGUAACGGAUGCAUCGCGGUGUCUGACUUGAGUUUGUCCGUACGCUGUGCUUAUCAACACGCACUCAUGGGCCUCGCUGAACGGGUGCUGGUCGUUUUUAUCGGAGAUGGGAAUAUACCAGUCAAAACUGAUGACGGGAAGGUGUUUCUAGUCCAAAUCUGUGCUGAAGAAACUGAAGAGAAGUGUGUGAACCGUCUGUCCUUGUGUCUGAGAGAGGGUGAGGGAUUCACGGCAGGAUUUAUGCAGGCGGUUCUGAGCCUGAUCCUCCCUCUGGCGUAUGAGUUUAACCCCGGGCUGGUGCUGGGGGUUGUUGGAGACAGAGGGGCAAAGACUCUUCUGGCUCCAGUCUGGGGUCACCUGACCAGUCUGCUCCAAGGCCUGGCAGAGGGCCGCACCCUCACCCUACUGCAGGGCUGUGACAAAGAUCUGCUGGCGGUUACACUCUCUGCCCUCUCUGGGGCCCCUGUCCCUCCACUCGGGCCCCUGGGAGCUCCCAAACCUGAAGAUGUUCAGAUGAUGGAGAAGCAGAGACAGAGGCUGCAGAAACGCUGGGGUCUGCUGCGGUGCACAGUUUCAGAAAGCUGAUGGAAACCUCUGGAACAUUGAACGACCUGCAUUUUGAUGUUCAGUUAUGGAAAAUAAUCAUUUUUGUACUUUGUAAAUUUUAUACGGCAUUAAAAAUGAACCUGUUUUCA